CCAGGUCGGCAGCGCUGGCGGUUGCUGUCAGCUGAUUUCCCUGGGUUGAUGGCAGCGGCAGCCGCGGCAAUGGACUUUCUCCUGGGGAACCCGUUCAGCUCUCCGGUGGGACAGCGCAUCGGGUUGUAGGGGAGGAGCUGAGCUGGUGACCAGUGCUUGGACCGGUGCUUUGGACCAUGCUCAGUGCCAAGUAGAGAAAGCUACAGAUGGCUCCCUGCAGAGCGAGGACUGGGCCCUCAACAUGGAGAUCUGCGACAUCAUCAACGAGACGGAGGAAGGUCCCAAAGAUGCCUUCCGAGCAGUGAAGAAGAGGAUUGUGGGGAAUAAGAACUUCCACGAGGUGAUGCUGGCUCUCACGGUGCUGGAAACCUGCGUCAAGAACUGCGGGCACCGCUUCCACGUGCUGGUGGCCAGCCAGGACUUCGUGGAGGGGGUGCUGGUGAGGACCAUCCUGCCCAAGAACAACCCUCCCACCAUCGUGCACGACAAGGUGCUCAACCUCAUCCAGUCCUGGGCUGACGCGUUCCGCAGCUCGCCCGAUUUGACAGGCGUCGUCGCUGUCUACGAGGACCUGCGGAGAAAGGGCCUGGAGUUCCCAAUGACCGACCUGGACAUGCUCUCGCCCAUCCACACGCCCCAGAGGAGUGUGUUCAGCUCGGAGACACCAUCAGGACAGAAUUCUGUGGGCACCAACAGCAGUCAGCAAGUGGACUCCAGCCAGCACACUGCCCCUCUGCCAACCCUGGCUGCUCCCCCCGGCGACACACCCAUUGCUCCAACCCCUGAGCAGAUUGGGAAGCUGCGCAGCGAGCUGGAGAUGGUGAGUGGGAACGUGAGAGUGAUGUCGGAGAUGCUGACGGAACUGGUGCCCACCCAGGCGGAGCCCGCUGAUCUGGAGCUGCUCCAGGAGCUCCACUGCACGUGCCGAGCCAUGCAGCAGCGGGUGCUAGAGCUCAUCCCCCGAAUCACCAACGAGCAGCUGACAGAGGAGCUGCUCAUCAUCAACGACCAUCUCAACAAUGUGUUCCUGCGCCAUGAACGGUUUGAACGGUUCCGAACAGGCCAGAUCGCCAAGGCCCCAAGCGAGGCCGAGCCGGCAACUGACCUGAUCGACAUGGGCCCUGACCCGGCAACCACCAGCAACCUCUCGUCUCAGCUGGCAGGAAUGAGCCUGGGAUCCAGCAGUGUGAGAACCGGCCUGCAGUCUCUGGGUACCUCCGGCCAGCUGGAAGACGAGUUUGACAUGUUUGCGCUGACGCGGGGCAGCUCGCUGGCAGACCAACGGAAAGAAGUAAAAUAUGAAGCUCCCCAAGCAACAGACGGCCUGGCUGGAGCCCUCGACGCCCGGCAGCAGAGCACUGGAGCGAUGGCAGGCAGCAGCGAGAAGAGCCUCAGUGACUGGAUGGUGAGACAAGGCAUGAUCCCGGUCACCCAGGCAUGCCUCAUGGAGGACAUCGAGCAGUGGCUGUCCACUGAUGUGGGGAAUGAUGCUGAAGAGCCUAAGGGCGUCACCAGUGAAGGUAAAUUUGAUAAGUUCCUGGAAGAACGGGCCAAGGUUGCCGACCGGUUACCCAACCUCUCCAGCCCCUCAGCCAAGGAGCCCCCCAGUGGCACCGCCCCUCGGAAGAAGGGCCAAGAGAAAGAUGAUGACAUGCUGUUUGCCUUAUGAGGGCCAGGCCUGGCACCUGCAGCCCCGGUCCCUGCUGCUCCCACACCCCUGGGCGGGGGCCUCUCUUCCCUCCUUUGGUGUUUAGGCUGCUUCAGGGGUGGCUUGUUCCCCCCUUUCUCUCCUCCAGGAUGGAGCUGCCCCAGCUGCAGCUGGGCUGUGCUGCCUGGGGGUGUGGGGAGGCGGCUGGAUGAGUGGGGGGUCAGGCCAUUGCUAUAUUGGGGUCCUGGCCCCCCUUGCCUCCGUCCCUACCCUGAUAGACCACUACAACUCUGCUGAGAAUGGGGGGCCCCAUGACAGACUGGCAGAGGGGUUGACCUAGUGUGACUCCACUGAUGCCCCCCCCAAUGGGCCCACCCUAGAGGAGCCUCCCUUAGUCGACACUGCCAGGCCAGGGCUUGCUGGAAGCAGGUGACAAAAGCCCCCUGCCGCAGCCACCUGUCCAUUCCACACUAUGGAGCCCCAAGGUGGGGGCUCACUAUCAAGGGCAGGGGUGGUGGCCCUCCAUGUGGCACCCUGGCCAGGUAGGAAGCUGCACAUGGUAGGACAAGACCCCAGCAGUCCCCACUGCAGGGCGCCGCUUCAGGGGGAUGCCUGGAGCAUCUGUGGCCCCUGCCACCACCCCCACUGCCUCCUUCCUCCAUUUUUCCUCUGUUCCACCUGGACAGGCUCCACUGGGCACUGGGGCCCACAUGUUGGUUGAUCCCCUUGUACUGGGAGAGAUGCCUUUCAUAUCCCCAAUUAAAGGUAGAAAGAGCAUGCUA